AUGUCUGACAUUGACAAAUUCCCCGUAGGUUUAGCGAUAGCAUUUGUCAUCUUUUACUUCGUUGUGUAUGUUUUGUCAGUGGUUGGUAACUGUUGGGUUAUGGUGACCUGCUACAAAACCCUCAAGAGAAAAGGGUCUUCUUUGAUGUGGUUCGUCCUCAACUUAGCAACAGCAGAUCUCAUUUUCACGUUCCUUACAAUCUUCAACGGCAUUGGAUUUUUGUAUCGUUGGGUCGGAGGGGAAAUUGUUUGCAAGUUUCACGGGUUUCUGGUCGAGACAUGCUACAGUGUUUCCAUUAGCACUCUUGUAGUGAUCAGUUACGAGAGACUGACAGCCAUUACUGACCCCUUAAAUGCAAGAGCAAGAAAUUUCACAAACAGAGGCUAUCGCAGGCUUUUGAUAAUUUGGGGGGUUUGCCUGAUUGGAUGUGUUCCCUUAGCAAUCCUUUAUCAGAUGGUUCGCGAAGAAAACGGAGAACUCGUUUGCAAUAAUACGACGUGGGGAGACGUAGGUCGACAGAUUUUCUACAGCCUGCAUGCUUUCUUUUUCUUUAUCUUUCCACUGUCCUAUAUGAUAUUUUCGCAAAGUAAAAUAUUUCUUGCGCUUCGCUCAAGAAGGACAGUCCCUUCACAGCGAGAUGCGGAGAGAUCUAACAGACGACACCAGAAAAUUGCCAAGACACUUUUUGCUCUUACGGUUGCCUUUGCGAUUUGUUGGUCUCCAUUUAUGAUCACCCGAACUUUGAUGUAUUUUCACAUCGCCGAGCCAGGUGCAUUAUGGAGGAUGUCCCAACUGCUCAUCUGUCUCAACGCUGUGUUGGAUCCCAUAAUGUAUGGUAUUUAUGGUGGAAAUCUCAAAGCAACUUUGCGACAGAAGUGUUGCUUCAGAUCUCCUCGUAAUAGACUUGAAAGAUCAGUUAGCCUAGAAAUGUCCCAGACUGCAGUAACAUGUGCAGUGCAACCAAAUGCAGUGAAAAGGUUAUCUUGCAGGAUCGAAGAAAUGAACACAAGUUGA